AUGACUUUAAAGAUUAACAUUUACAAUCCUGAUUACUUUCUGCCAUCUCAGGUUACAAUACCUUUAAACAUUAAUAUACCCCCUUUGCAAUGCAGAAUAGAAUUUGAUUCAUAGAAUGCAUCUAGCUUAUCUGAUUUCUCGAUUCUAAUAAAUAAUUGUUAGGAUGAUAAUUUUCCUUUGUAGUAUAGAUUGGUUCUAUAUUUAAAUAUCUCCGAUCUAAAUUUUGAUUAUUCUAUUAAUAAAAUAUAGAAAGGCAUCAUUUUGUUUGAUUACUAAUACAGCAACUUAUUUCAUACUAAAUUGACAGGCAAUGGAAAUAUUUAAUUGAUGGUUUAAGUAAAAGACAAUCUAAAUGGAAUCAGCAACUACACAAAGUCAUUUGAGUUUUUAUAUGAAUAAGGAUUUUUUGAAUAAUUAGUUGUUAAUCCAGUAUCUAUAAGUGAAACCUUAAUCUACACUGCAAGUUUAUUAUUUGAAGGGAAAACUAACUCAAUAAAAGUUUAGUAAAUAUUAUAGGAAUAAAUAUUUUAUUUCUCUAAUUGCAAAUGCAUUGCUCAAAAAUAAUUGAUGACCUUAAAAAACUUGGCUAUAUUUCAUAAGAAUUUGGGAUUGAGUGAUAUAAACUAAGAGUUAUUAUAAUAGAAGGAAAGGCUCACUGAAAUAUAACUGUUGAUGGGCACUUUGCAAAAUACUGAUUAUAACAAGUACGAACACACAGUGCAAGAAUUUAAAAAACUAAGUUUAUUGGAAGAAACAGUAGAAAUCGCAAAGUAUCUAGAUGAAAUGUUUGAAUUAAAUAGAGUAUAUCAAUAGCAAACAAGAAUCUUAAUUAGCGAUUCUGAUAAUGAAAGUAAGAGAACGAAUAACCAUUUGAUUAUGGAUUCAAUCAAUAUCAUCACUGAAAUUUAAUUGCAAAAUUAAAUAAUCAAUGGAAAUUUAUAAACCAUAACCACAAAUUCAUUUAAUCUUUCUACUUAAAAAGCUACUUAAAAAGUAUUGUAGAACUUAAUAAGCAGUUCUUUAACUGAACCAUAAAGUAUUGGACAAAAGGAUAAUUAAUAGCAAUUAUAAUCGGAUACCUACUCAUAUAAAAUGGUUAACUAUGAGACAAACCCAUUUAUUCAUGAUGAUUAUUUUAUGAACUAUCCUGAGAUUUAAAGCAAUUACUCUUUAUAUUAACCUGAAAUUAAAAAACUUUCUAGUUAAACAUUAAUUUUAAAUAUAAGCACAUCCUAGGCUAUCAGAUAUGAAUUUGAAAAUAAUGAUGAAAAUCUGAUUGUAGAAUGUGUAACUAAAGUGGAAGAUGCUUGGAGUCUAGAUGCUUGUAAAACUAUUCAUGAAGAUAAGAAAACUAUUUGCUAAUGCUAAUAUAUUUCAUCAACCACAAUUUUGCAAGCGACUCAACAAAUACUUGAUGAAGCUGUUUAAUUCUUCUCUCUGGAUACUAUACAUAAGAUGCUUAAAUGUGAAUACCAGUCCAUCAUAUUUACUUACAUAGUGAUAAUAUACACAAUUCUGUUUUUGUGGUUCCUCUUUUAUGGAUUUAGAAUUGAUUAGCAGAAGAAUGAAGAAUUCCUAUAUAAUUCCACCAAAGUAGCUCCGGUUGAUUGGGACCUCGUAGCUGAGAAGGCAGGAGGCAUCAUAAAUGUAGGGGAUAUAGAUUCUGAAAAGAGAAUACAACCUGUUGAUAGAAUAGUGAUCAGAAGGGAUACUCAAAAGAAAACUAUUUUUAGCACCAAUGACAGUUAAAUCACUAAUGAUGAUAAGACCUUAAAGCGACCUCAGUUCGAGUAUUACAACAAAAUGUUGGCAAGCAAGAAAAGUAUUGGUAUAACCACAAAUGUUUGCUCGGGAAGAAUCAUUGAAGAAACUGAAGGAGAAACAUCUCCCAAAUCAAAAACUGAAAAUAGUCCAAAUGCCAAAGGUGCUCCUUCAGAAUCACAUUCAACAUUUAGAAAAUAGCAAUCAAAUGAUGAAGAAUCUUUGUAUAAGAAAUAUACUACUUAAAGUAUAACUUUCUGGAAAGCCUUACUAACCUAUUUUGAAAUCAAUCAUAAAGUACUUAGUCUGUAUUAUUUGUAUGAUAAAGAUUGUUCUAGAGUUUAUAGAUCUAUAAUGUUAUAUGUUUCUUUAUUAGGAGAAAUAAGUAUUUUGACAUUUUUUGGACAAAUCAUUAAUUUGAAUACAAUAAUAGCACUUUCAAUCUUGUAGACCCUAUUUGGCUUAAUUUACAGAAGGCUACUGCAAGUUUUUCUGAAGUCAGAAAAAAUGUGCCUCAAUUACACAGGGUUUAAUUUAGCAAUCUUAAGCGUUUUAUUCUUUUUAUUUAUUAUAUUUGGCAGUGUUGCUAAAUAUCAAUCAAUGUUAGAAGCUACUUUGUGGGGAGCUGCUUAUAUGAGCAGUUUUAUAUUGGAAUAUAUAGUCUAUUCCAGCAUUCAGAUUUUACUAUUCUUUGCAUUAAUCGUCAAAUUCGGAAAAUCAGAGAUUCUUAAAAAAUAUAUAAAAGUGUUUAUAAAUGAUAAGGUGUAUAUAUAAACUUUUGGCAAUCCCUGA